AUGGAAGUUUCACUGUUGGAUAUGAAAGUUUGUGAUAUCUGUGGAGAUGCCGGGCGAGAGGAUUUGCUUGCUAUCUGUUCUCAUUGCAAUGAUGGGGCCGAACACACCUAUUGUAUGCGAGAGAUGCUGACUAAAGUCCCUGAAGGUGAAUGGCUGUGUGAAGAGUGUCAGGCUCUAGAGCUAGUGGGCAAGAGAAGGGAAGAAAAGAUUGCAAUAAUGGGUGAAAUUGAUAGUAGUGAGCAUUUAAAUAAUUCUGAUGUUGAUGUACAGAAAUCAAAAGGUUCGACGAGAAUUCCUAGUAAAAGGCAUAGAGAUGAUGAUGAUGCCGAAGUUUCUUCAAUUGUGAAGAAGCCUGCUCAUGAGUCAAAUCUUGGAUCACCAAGGCCCUCAAGUUCAGUCAAAACAGCCGUGCUUACUCGUGAAAAUUCCAUAAAGAGUAUAGAUAAGGGCAGGGUGCAGUCUCAAGACAUAGCCCCAGUUAAUGAUAAGACAGAAUCAGGAAGCUGUGCUUCAGAUCUAAGAGUGCAUAGUUUUCGAGGUACUUUCUCAAAAUCUAAUUCAUUCGGUUCCCUGAAUUCAAAACCAAAGGUCAAGCUUGUAGAUCAAGCUGUUAUUCAGAGGCAGAAAUCAGCUAAGGAAGCUAGCUCUUUUCAUCAUAAGGAGAGUGUCGUCAGAUCGAUUGGGAAAUCUAUGUCAUGUAAAUCUAGAAACUCUGAUCGUCCUGAAUCGAAAGUAAAGAUGUUAUCUCCUAGACUCUCUCACAUCCAGGACAUUAGAAAUACGGAGCACCGGAGUUCAUUUGAUCGUCAGCAUCCUUUCAAAGCAGAACGCUCGUCAAUGAGCUCAAUGAUGGGUAAUUCUGUUAGUUCUACAUCGAGAAGUAAUAAAAGACCGUCUUCACUUGCUACCAUGGCUAAUAGCCGUGAAGUGAAGCCUGUACAGGCUGAUAGCAAGUCAGCAACACUAUCAAGAUCAUCCAGUUUUGCUACUCGAAAAACUACAGAUCUAACCAGUUCUUCAGGUGACUUUAAGAGACCAUUGACACAUGGGCGUUGUACUGUUGGGGGUCCAUCGACCAAUGGAGGCAACAGUAAUGAAAACAAGGUUAAUCGGACUAACUUUAAGUCGGAUUCUAUAGCCGUUGAAAGGUCUGCACUUAAUAUGGAGGAAGAAGAUGAAGGUGAUAACCUUAAAGCUUCCAUCGAGGCUGCUGUGUUAAGGAAACUAGGAGUGUACCGGAAGAAUAGAGCUGUCAGUCAAUCUGAUGAUUCAUCCGCGCCAACCUCGGGUGAUGAAGUAACUUGUCGCGAAUAUCCUAUAUCAUGUUCUACUAACAAUAAGAAAUUGUCUUCUGAUGCCGAGCUGAAUGAGAGACCUACAGUUUCCAGGAAUUUUACUGCUGACUCUCAAAAACAGGAAACUUCUCAUUCUGUAAAACAGUCCUCAUUGGUCCGUGUCGAUGGUCUUUCUUCUGCAAUACAAGAUGGUGUCCAUAUUAACUAUUCCAGAAGGGAUGUGCUUAUUAAUGUUCAAGCAGGAAUGCCUUUUUUUUUUAAAACCUUAGCAGUUCCUGAACAUGAAUAUAUAUGGCAAGGAAGUUUUGAGAUAUUUCAAAGUAGUAAAACUAUUGACUCAUGGGACGGAAUCCAAGCUCAUGUAUCAACAUGUGCAUCACAGAAAGUUACUGAUGCCGUAAACAACUUUAAAAGAAGAAUUUCACUCUAUGAAGUGCCUCGCUCAAGCACCUGGCCCGUACAUUUUCAGGAACAUGGUGUUAGAGAAGAUAAUAUAGCUCUCUAUUUUUUUGCUAAAGAUCUUGAUUGCUACGACAAGAUUUACAAGGUUUUACUGGACAAUAUGAUGAAGAAUGAUCUUGCUCUCAAAGGAAAUGUAAAUGGAGUUGAGCUGCUGAUAUUUCCUUCCAGCCAGCUUCCAGAUCAUUCCCAGCGGUGGAAUAUGUUAUUCUUUCUGUGGGGUGUGUUUAGAGGUAAGGACAGUUGCCUUCAACUGAUGCCUGUAUCGCCUAACCAAUUUUGUACCCCUCAAAGUAUUCCCCCACCUAUCAUGUCCUUGCCUGAGAGUAGAUGCUCAUUCAUACCUAUUGCGGAGGAUCAGGAUGGGAGUGGAAACGCAGUGACUCAAGUACUUGAAACGCCUGCUUCAGAAGAACUGCAGAGAUUAUUGUCGUCUAGAGUUGCUAAUAGAGACUAUGUACACAUUGAUAAUGCAAACCGAUGCCAAGAUAUGGCAGGAACUUCCCAGGAAAAAGACACGAGUUCCAUCUGUAGUCCUUGCACACUAGGUGUGGAAAAUUGUAGUUCUUCUCAAAAGCAGUCGGACAGUCCAGUUGAUAGACAUGGGCCCACAAAAUCUGUGGCCAGUAUAUCUGUGGAGUGCAUAAAUGAAGCGAGUAUUUCGGGUAAUAAGCUAGAUAAAGUGAGAUCACCACCAAAACCGACACAAGCCGAAACUGUUUUGAUUGAUCGCAAUCUGGACAAAGGGCAUAUAAAGAUUGAGCAGCAGCAUGAGAGAAGGAUUCUUAACCACAAUGAAUGUACAUUUACAACACCUGUGUUGCCUCAAACCCCUGGCGAGGCAUUCAGGGAUGCUGGUGAUGAUGUGUGUGGAAAAGCCAAUAAUCAUCAUGACUUCAUCCUUGAUCAAAGUGCAGCUGCAGCUGAAAGACUCUUAUUCUCAACUACCGAAUCACGAUUUGCACCUGAUCUGGAGCUUGCUUUAUGGGCUUGUGAAAGAAAAUCACCCAUUAUUGAGCCGUUUGACUUGGACUCCAUAGACGAGCAGCAGCAAGCUUAUGACGAGGAGAUGGCUGCCUCUCCAAAAAAUAAGCACACGGUGAAUAAUAAUGAAGGCACAUGA